AUGUCCGAAGAACCAAUCACCUCCCCCGAGCACCUCGACGGAGUGGCCUAUCUCUACGGCCACCCGCUGCUCAACUCGCUCUCCCCCCCCCUCCACCAGACCGUCUUCGACCACCUGGGCCUGAACUGGAGGCAGAUCCCGCUGUCGAGCGUGACGGGCGAGUCGGCGACGUACCCGCCACCCUACACCAAGAGCCCGCCCGUGGAGACCUUCCUGGCGAGCAUCCGCGCGAACCCGAAGUUCAAGGGCGCCUCGGUCACCAUGCCCUGGAAGGUGGCCAUCAUGCCGCACCUGGACGAGCUGACCGAGGACGUCCGGCAGGCGGGAGCCUGCAACACCAUCUAUCUCAAGGAGGGAGAGGAGGAGGGCGGCAAGAAGCUGCUGGUGGGCACCAACACCGACUGCUCGGGGAUCCGCGAGUCGUUGCUUCACCACAACGCCGUCACCCAGGGACGUCCGGCUCUGAUUGUCGGCGGCGGCGGUACCGCGCGGACAGCAGCGUAUGUGCUUCGGAAAUGGCUGGGAGCCUCCAAGAUCUACAUUGUCAAUCGGGACGAGGCGGAGGUGGCCACCAUCCUCGCCGAGGACGCUCAGCGUGACCCGGCCCUCACGGCUAGAGCGCCCCUGAUCCACGUCAAGACUCCCGAGGAGGCUGCCGCGCUCGAUCCGCCGACGGCCAUCGUCUCGGGGAUCCCCAACUAUCCGCCCAAGAGUCCCGAGGAGAUCACCGCGCGGGAAACCGUGACCACCUUCCUCCGCACCAACCAGGCCGGCUCGUCGACAACGACGGCCGAGAAGCGCGUCAUCCUUGAAAUGUGCUACCACCCGAAACCCUGGACGGAGAUCGGCCAGCUGGCUGCUGAUGCCGGGUGGGAGGUGAUUCUCGGCUGGGAGGCCCUGCUCUGGCAGGGUCUGGACCAGUCGCGGCUCUGGACGGGCAAGGAUAUCGUCGAGAUCCCGGGUUUGGUUGAUAAAGUCAAGGAGAUGAUCAAGGAGACCAUUGCGGAGAGGACCAAGAAUUUAUAA